AAACCAUGAUACCAAAGCACACCUGCCUAAAACAACCCCGUCUCCACCAAUUUUCUUCCCCAGUUCUUUUCAAGGACUAAUCGAGAAGCUUAGUGAUACAAGCGAAGAUGUUAGAUGUAGGGGAAUAUUCUCAAGGAGUGGCAGAGCCUUUUACUGGUAUAAAUGAAGUCAUAGCAAACAAGAAGAAGAAGAAUAAAAGGAGGUUCAGCGAUGAACAAAUCAGAUCACUGGAAUUGAUCUUUGAAAACGAAACAAAGCUUGAACCUCAACAGAAGUUGGAGCUGGCCAAAGAUCUAGGGUUGCAGCCGAGGCAGGUUGCAAUAUGGUUCCAGAACAAGAGAGCUAGAUGGAAAUCAAAGCAGCUCGAAAAAGAUUACAGCAUACUACAAGCCAAUUACAACCGUCUAGUAUCCCAGUUUGAAAGCCUAGAGAAAGAAAAACAGGCUUUACAGAUUCAGGUGCAGAAGCUAAAGGGUAUGCUGCAGAAGCCGACAGAAGAAAACCAGACUUCUGGAGAAUGUGUGGCUAUGAACAGCGUUGACCGUGAAACAGAGAAUGGAAAAACUGCCAGGCGAGAAUCCAAAGUGCAGCCUAGUGUAUCAAUGGAAAGAUCAGAAAAUGCAUUAGGAGACCUAUCAGAUGAUGAUAGCGCCAUGUUGAAGGAUGACUAUUUUGGACUCGAUGACGAGUCCAAUCUCAUAAACAUGGUAGAACCCACUGAUAGUGGUUUGACAUCUACAGAGGAUUGGGGCAUUUUUGAGUCUGAUGGUCUCUUCAAUCAGUCUAGCAGUAGCCAGCAGUGGUGGGAUUUCUGGUCCUGAAUGAGGACAGAGAAGUAUGGAGGACAUGCAUGCAACACUUUUGUUUUUUAAAAUUUAGGAGAGUGCAGGUAAAAUUAGGGGCCCCCAAAAGUCCUUGUGUAUGAUGAAAGGAUGCUAAAGAGAAAUAUGUCAAUGUUUUGUGUCCAAGUGAGAAAAGGGAGAGAUACAUUGAACAAGUAUCCAGCACUAAUCCAGGUUCUCAUUCAAUUAGAAUCUUAAAGGAGUUAAAAGUGUUCGAACACAUCCCUACUUUAUUGUCUAAUUUUCCUAUUGCUUACCCUUUCUGUUC